CAGUGCUGCUCAUGCACAUGCCUGCUGAGCAAGCCUUCUGGUGUCUUGUGCAAAUCUGUGAGAAAUACUUGCCUGGCUACUACAGUGCUGGGUUGGAAGCUAUUCAGCUGGACGGAGAUAUUUUUUUCUCUCUUCUGAGGAGAGUUUGUCCCAUGGCUUACCGUCACCUGAAGAAAUUUAAGAUCGACCCCAUCUUGUACAUGACAGAGUGGUUUAUGUGCAUUUUCUCCCGUACGCUGCCUUGGUCUUGUGUCCUGCGUGUCUGGGACAUGUUCUUCUGUGAAG